AUGGAAAGUACGAUUCCCUCGCCCACCGCACCGCUUGCCGAUCAAAGCGAGAUCCGCGGCCCUCCGUCGAGCACACGCGUCGCAUCACCGUUCCGUACGGGUCUCGGCAUGACGUCAAGGUCUAUGUCCGAGAACAUUCCCACCGCGGCGCAAGUGCUGCGGAGCAAAGCGUCUGAGCUGUACCUGAAAAACCGACAGAACGCGCCGACCACAGGCGCUACGCAAGGCAAGGCGUCAAGUCGCAGGCGCAAAGAUACCCGUGAACUCGAUGCUAUUGCCGGAGAGAUGCAGAUGGAGCGAAGGAUGCGCUCGCUUGCCCAAAGCGGAACGACGACGCCUCGACGGUACGCGUCUGGACUUCAGACACCCAUGUGUGCUUCGUCUGAAUCGCUCUUUUCUUCCGACGCGCGUUCGCAGUAUGCAGGAAGACCUGUCUCGCCCUUCGGCAUGAGCGCGCUCCAGAUGGGAUCGGCGUCGAUGCAGCAGCUGCCGACUCGCCCAAUGGAUUCUUCCUUGACGCUCUCGUACCUGGAGCCACUUGCCGCGGUGCACCCAAGCGAGUCUGCAACGCGGCGAUUGAAUGUGCCGAUGGGUAUGGAUGUUGGCUUUUACGACAAUCCAUACCCGUCCAUUUCGCGCACGCGUACAGAGAACGAGAUAUCCGGAUUGAGCGACUCGGCGAGCUAUAUGUCCAUGUCGCCGCUGAUGCGCGGUUCUAUGCCUGCCCCAGCGUCGCCUGUCUUUAGUGGCGCACGGCUGGUCAUGUCGAUGACGAGCGAAGGCGAUAAGAGUGUGCGUAUCCCAUCCUCGCACCAUUCACUGCUGCACGUCCAAGGCGGUGCGUCUGAGCGCAGGUCUCGCGUAGAUUCCGAUGUGGGACUGCUUGCCCAAACGCGGGAAGAAACAGCGGGGCCCGAGAGCAUUGCAUCCGCGGCGCCCGCACCGUCUGGGCCAUUGCAGGGUGCUGCCAUGGCUCAGUCCAUGUCACCGAGUUUAUUGGGUACGCCUACACGCAUGAGUCUUUCGCACACGCCGGUACCUAAAAGUCCCACGCCACUGCAAGCUGCACAGCGAUCCGCCGAAGAAGGCGAUGCGAAGCACGCCAGCCUCUAUAAUUUUAAGGCGAAUAUGAGCAUGCCGGCACUGACUGCAAAAAAUAAUGGGAAGCGCAUGUCUGGCUGGAAACGGUUUACUAACCUUUUCAGGCGCUCGAAAGAUACCACAUUGGGCGAAGGAGGAAAGAGUGGACAGCGGCAGCCGGCACAGAAGCCGCUGGUGCCGCCGAUGUCGAUGCGGAAGAAUAAGGAGGAUGAACGAGCGAUGCCGACGGAGCCGACGGAGAUGGUGAAUCAAUCACUGCAGGUGCCAAUGCAGCCGUCGCAGUCUUUGCAGCCUUUGACGCAGACUUCGACGCAGCCAUCGACGCAGCCAUCGACGCAGCCAUCGACGCAGCCAUCGACGCAGCCAUCGACGCAGCCAUUGACGCAGCCAUCGACGCAGCCAUCGAUGCAGCCAUCGACGCAGCCAUCGAUGCAGCCAUCGAUGCAGCCUUCGACGCAACUCUCGCCGCAAUUUAUGCAGCCAUCGAUGCAGCCAUCGGUGCAGCCAUCGACGCAGCCUUCGACGCAACUCUCGCCGCAAUUCAUGCAGACUUCGAUGCAGCCUUCGACGCAACUCUCGCCGCAAUUUAUGCAGCCAUCGAUGCAGCCAUCGGUGCAGCCAUCGACGCAGCCUUCGACGCAACUCUCGCCGCAAUUCAUGCAGACUUCGAUGCAGCCAUCGAUGCAGCCAUCGGUGCAGCCAUCGACGCAGCCAUCGAUGCAGCCAUCGAUGCAGCCAUCGACGCAGCCAUCGAUGCAGCCAUCGAUGCAGCCAUCGAUGCAGCCUUCGACGCAACUCUCGCCGCAAUUCAUGCAGACUUCGACGCAGCUUGCGCGUUCGACGCAGCCCAUGCAGCCACUGCCGGCGCUUUCCGACUCGCAGUUUGCAGCUCCCAUGCAGAAAGCGCUCGAGCCGCGCCAUGAACCCACUCCAAAAGCGUCAUACACGUCCUUGCCCCAACGCAGGGCCACUGAAACAGUGCUUGUGCCGCCCGUGCACAUUGAAAGCCCGGUAAAACAAAGCAAGAUGCCUGCUGCAACGCAAGGGGCCAGCACACAGCCAUUUUCUUUCCCGACAUCCGCAGCACUUAUUCCCAACACCCCCUUGCCAGCGCUGGAUUCGCAAAGUUACUCGAACAUGCAACCGACAUACCGCGACCCGACCAUCGUGCCCAACGACACAGUGUCCCGGCACUUGACACCGUCACCACCCGAGGCACAGGCAGAGUCCAUGCGCAAUGGCGACUGGGAGUACAAGACGCCGACAAAAGGCGUAUCUGCCAAUUCGCACCUCAAGUAUACGAGUCCCAUGACCUUGGUCAUGCAUGGGCAAGCAAUUACCGGCGCACGCGCUGCCACACGCGAUGUCGAUGCCUCACCGUGCAUGUCGGACUUGUUUGAAGACUACAUGUCGCCCAUGACUGAACGGUACGAUGCCCACGGCCCUUUAGGCUCGCCCAUCCCACAGCCCGAGUUUGUGCGCGCGCCCUCAUCGCUGGACCACUAUAUACACGACGAUCAACCGAUGAGCCGCAAGCAUUCCAGACGCACUAUUGAUACGCGGCGCCACACACCAGCAACUUCUGCGCUCGCAACUCCCACGUCCAUGGCCCAUGGCUCUGAGGAGAGUGCAACCAAUACCAAUGUGUCUUUUGGGCCUGACUUUAGUCCAACGACGCGCGCCGAGGCGCCUGUUUCGAUGCAGCACCUCGCCGAGAUGAUUGAAGACACGCUAUUCCGCUCGCCUUCGCACAUCAGCCGCGCCCACACGUUUUCUCCGACAUUGGCGCGGAUGGACCAAAAUUUGAGUAUUUCGCCUUCUUUCCGCUCGAUCGGCUCGGAGGCGAACGAGAACGGGCAUGAGAAUGCUGCGCGUAUCGAUGAGGCGCACUAG